CCAUAGUGAUUUUUGACAAGUGCUUCGAAGUUUAGUUUGAUGGUAAAAUAUCGUAAAAUUCGGUAAAGGAACUUGUUCAAGUUGUGCAGUCAUGAGUGCCGUUACCACGGCAACGAGUGUGAGUACUUCAGACCCAGGAUCUGUGAUAACUGGUCGUCAGCCACCAGAGCAAGUUCCAGAGGAAAUUCCCACAGUCAGCGAGGAAGCUGUCAAGUUUGUGCAAAGCAUAGUUCCAGAGGAUGACUAUAAAUACUUGAUGUUUGAUGACCACCUGGUCACAGUGUCAGACACAGGCAAAGAGCUUGGGGAGUUCAGUAUUUCUGUAGAACCCACACGAUACAAACAGACAGACUGUUUCCUUAUCCAUGCCAACAGUCACGGCUCAAUUGACGGCGUCCCAUGUGGAACUUCCAUAACUGCGUAUGUAGGUCAGAACCUGGAGACCAUAGAACAGCAGCACCAUGAAUAUGUCAAGCUUGAAAAUUGUCCUUUAGAUAGAAAAACAUUUAUAGUGAAGCAACCAGACAACUACAUUGUAAACAGAGUGAUUACACAAGGAGAGGAUGUACAGAGAUCGUCAAAAACAUUUGACCACAAUCAGAUGAAGGGCUUUAUUUCUGAGGGAUCUAACUUACUUCUACACCGACUAUUAAUAGAAAAGGGAAUUCCUGACAAUAUGCAGUUCCUGUCUUUUGACUCGGAUACCAAUUUGUGUUCUGUGAUAUAUAGGCCAUUAGAGGACCGCACACAGACAGUUGGUACAACAGAAAUCCGAGUGUUUGGGGUCGAGCGGACAAUCAACUCCUUCGCUGAUCUCCCAACAACAUGGCAGUCCUAUUUCAUGCAGGACUGUCACAUGACAAACAGGGUUCAAGUGGGUUCACCUGUGACCAUGAAGUUGACAUCUGUUCCACAUCUUAUUGAAAGAGAUGAGGAGCCCCCUAAGCCAGUGUUCGAGAAGAAAGAGCUAAAUUGGGAAGAUGACAUGCAGUUAUACUCAAAGUUUCUGGACAGAAAGGAGGAAUUAAAAGGAGACCAUACCACAUACAUGCGCUCACACCCAGAGCUCAAAAACCUACUGGCCGACUUCCUCCAAUUCCUGUUGCUCAGGAAACCUGAUGAUGUUGUUCAGUUUGCUGCAGAGUAUUUCUCAUCCUUUUCUGCCUCCAUGCCAUCUUUGACACCUUACUUGGCAUCUAAUGCACCAACGCCAUUUCCCGCGAGUCGAACAAAUACCAAAAUUGACCAGCUGAGAGCUCCAACCAGAUAAAAAAGAAGACAUUAUUGAAUUCUAGAUAACUCAUAGUGUGUAUGAAAGAUUUGGAAAUAAGUUCCGAUACAAUCUGUAUACCACAAGCAAUCAUUUUUUACAUUAAUUUUAUAAGACUAGUAUAGAAUAAAUUGAAAAAUACAUCAAGGUUUGUGUACGGGGUGAAGUAUGCUUGAAAUAUUGAUGGAAAUGCCAUCACAUCUGUGGUAUUAUAACAUUUUUUAAUUUUGAACCUUUAUGUCAGCUCUUUAUUGACUUGUUAAACUGCAGGAGUUAUUAAUAUCAGUCAUUUUUACCUACAGUGUAUCCAAGAAAUCAAUUGUAAAUGAACAACUUAGAAGAAGACAUUCUGAUGUUUUAUAUAUAUGUAUACCUGUAUAGCAAUUAUAAAAUUGCAUGCUCUGUUAGUCUUCAGAAAUGUACAGGAAACCAACUGAUCUGUGAUAUAAGUACAUUGUAUAUAAUUGGUUGCUUACAGCACCAUAUAUAGUUGUAUAGUGUAUAGUGGUUAGGCUUAUACAUGAAUGGUUGAAAAUCUGAGUCCAUAUGACAAUAUUUACACUGAUUAUCUACAUGUAUGUAAGAUUUACAGAUUUUUUUCAUGUUUAUGUUUGAUUUCUAUCAGUUUAGAAAAUUUAAAGAUCUGUUACAUCUUUAAAUAUGUGGAUCUGAUAUUUAAUUGAGUGUUUAAUUGAGGUACAUUAUAUAUUGGUGUACUUAAAAAUUGAUCGAUCUGUUUCUACCGACACUAAAAUACCAUACUGUACAUUUAACUUGUAUUUGUGAAUGUGUCUAUUUUUGCCACCAUUCAGCACUUCAAGAAAUGUUUUAUCAUUAAUUUUGUUGAAAUUGUUAUUACAGUAAAUUUUUACUUUGAAUGAAAA